AUGUUAAAACUAAUAUUCAAUUUCUCAAGAGCCAUUUAAAAAUCUUAAAACAUUCUGAAUUAAAUGAAAAAGAAUCGUUAUUACAUUGAUGAUCCUCAUAUUAGUUAAAGAAAAGAAGCAUAAUAAAUUGUCGAAUAAUUAUAUUUUAAUUAAAAAAAUAAUUUGCAAUAAGUGCUUGAGAAAGAAGAAGAGAAUAAAUUAGAAAAUAUAAUUUAGUAGGCUGAUUAAGAAAUUAAUUUUAGGAAAUUUUAGACAGCAUAAGAAUUAUUAGAUUUAUAUGAAGCUAAACCUUUAAAAUCUAAAGAAUAAUACUUAAAUUGGUUUAACUAAUUGUCUUAUUGUUUAAAGUUUUAAGAAUAAAUUUAAGAAAACAAAAUGAACUAUUACAAGAAAAUAGCAGGUUAAUACAAAGCCUAAUAUAAUAAGGAAUAUGAGAUGCCUAAUCUAAUUUUUUUGAAUCCGAUCUAAAUUUUAGAGAAACCAGUGUUCAAUUAAAUAAUAGAAGACUUUGUAUCGAAUUGUGAAGUGAUAGAGUGGUUAUUUGUAAGAAAAUAAAUAAAGAAAGCUUUCUAAACUUAACUUUAUUCAUUAGACUAUUAUGCUAUUUAGAGAUUAUGGGAAGAUAAUGAAUAUCCAAUCCAAACUAUUUAAUAUAUUUCUUCAAUCAUUAAAGAUAUAUGUAUUUUUUUAGAUUUUAUUUUAGCUGAUGGAAAGUUUGAGAAAGAUUAAGAACCAUAAUUUUUAGAAUUAUUUGACGGUAAGUUUCAAUAAGGAUAAUCCUUGUAAAAAAUAUUGGAAUAGUUUCUAAUUGAAAAAUUGAAUUAAAUUAAUUUUAUUGAAUUAAAUAACUAAGAUUUUGCAGACUUUCUAUUUAUUUACUAUUAAUAGUAGAAAUUGCCAAUUUUACCUACAUUUUUGAAAGAAUUAGUUGAUGAUGUAAAAAAAAGAGUUAGUACUUUGACUUUGUUAGAAAAUGUUAAAAUUUGUCAAGCAAUGUUAGUAAUAGAAAUUGGUGAUAAUUAAUCUUAUUGUUAUCUCUUGUGGAACAUUAUAAGAUUAUAAAAUAAAAUCAAUUCUGAUAAAUAAAUAAUAAAUGGUAUUAUUUUCAUAUUAUUGCAUUUCAAAUAAAAUAUCUUGUUUAUAAAAGCGAGUAGAAAUUAUCCAAAACCAAUUAUUGUAAAAGAUGCUAUGGUGUUUUCAGAAAUAUUUAAUUUUAUAACAGAAGAUGUGAGUAUUUUUGAUUUUGUUCAAUUAAGUUAAUUGUUAACUAUUUCAAAUAAAAACUUCGCUGAUUCAUCUAAAUUAAAUGCAAUAAUAAUUUCUAUAUUUUAAAAACCAGAAAUAAAUCAAAAUGUUUUAAUUGAUAAAAAAAUUGAUUUAUAUUACAUAGCAACCUAACUUGGAGGAGCAACACUUGAUAUAACUUAAAUCUUAAAAAAUAAAGUAUAAUACUUAUAAUCUCACUCUAUAACAGGUUACUUUGAAAAGAAUAACUAAACAGAAUAAAAUUAAAUUACAGGAUUCUAUCCUUAUUAUUCAAUUUAAUUAGAAUGUUUGAUUAAAAUAAUUUGGACUAGCAUCUUGUAAAAUAGUAAAUGUUUUGAAGAUAUAAAUUAUUUAAUAUUUAAGGUGAAUGAGUUGACAAGAUUGUAAACAGUAAUAAGGAUUGACAGAGUUAUGUAAAAGCUGAUUUCUUAAAUAAAUCAAUAUAUUUCUCUAGUGGGAAAAACUAUAUUUCCAAAUAAAAUUGAUAUUCAAUAGAUCUUAGAAAAUAAAAAUAUUUUUAGAAAGUAAGACUCAUUUGUACAUCCUCAAAUGUUACAUACUAAGUUAUUUGUAAAAGAGAAAUAGUAUUUUACUAAGAAAUAUGAGAAAGAUUUAGAAAGGGAUGUUUUUUAUGAAGAUGUACUCUUCGAUUAUGUGUAUACAAAUAAGAAAACAGGAAAUAAAGCUUUGAUUCUUUUAAAUGGAGUAUAUUUAUUAUAAUAUUAUAUAGUAAAACAAUUACUAAAUUUCUUCAGUUGGGGAAAUGAUUCCAAAAACAAUGAUAAAAUUUUAAAAUGAUCUUUUUGAAAAUUUUGAGAUUCCAGUAAUUUAGAUAAAUCUUCCAGAUAUUGUUAAAUGUUAAUCUAAGUAUAAUUAACUUUAUUUAUAAUUUAGAUCAUAUUAUGAAGAAUAAUUAAAGGAUAUUUUGGAAGAUGGAUCAUAAGAUUAUGAAGAAAUUGCAGAGAUAGUUUAAGAUUUAAGAAACUAAAUAAGUAAAGAUUUUAGUUAUUUAUCAAUUCAUUAAUAAAAGGAUAAGGAAGAAAUAAAAGAAAAGGAAGAAUUAGAAGUGUAAGUAGAUGAUAAAUAUGCACUUUCAGAUGAGGAGAAAUGAUAAUGAUAUUAUGUAAUUUAUGUUUUGUAUUCCGGG